GACGUUGCUAGUUUAACAUACAAAAAAAAAGCAUUUAUUCGUCAAGAUAGCGCAAAAUGUUAAUAACACAUGCUGUUAUAAGAUCUCCCAUAUCCCACCAAAUUUCUAUAUACAGGGUGACUUCGAAGUUGAGUCAUUUAUUUUAACAGUGAGUAGAUCUGAUCAAAAGAAAUGUUUUUUUCCUUUACCAUUUUUCUGGUAAAAUUAAAGUAACAAAGUUAUAGCCCUUUGGAAGUUUGAGUACCGCCCUGUCUCAAUAAUAAUAUCAUGUACUCGUGUUUGGCAACAACGGAUAUAAUCCACCUUAUCGGUUCAUCGCAUGGGAAACAAAAAAGCGAAAGAAUUUGGAACGAUGUUUUUAUUUCAUUCAGUUCAGUUAUACAUACAGUCAGUGUCAGUCGCGUGUGAAUAGUGUCUGUUGCGUGGCUCAAACGAAAUAAAAAAUGGCACAUGUUUAUGCGGAUCGGUUUACCAAUCGAGUGCAACCAACCCCUCGUGCCUUUGUUAAUGUAGUACAACGGGCUCGUGAAUCAGGUGACUUAAGACCUCACAGGGCACCUCACGAUCAAAUACAGGUCCGCACUGAAAUACUUGUUGGGAGGAUACUUUAUAAAACAAGGUAAAAAUUUUUUUUAUUUUUACACACAUAUUUUGGUUUAUCUUCCUUCUACAAUCAUUAUCUGAAAAUUAAUGACUCAACUUCAAAGUCACCCUGUAUAUAAAAGUAUAGCAAUCUCAUAUUUAUAUGUAGAGCUGGCAACGCUGCGGGAUAUUAAUGCACAAUCUGGCAAUAAUGUCGCACUCUCAGAAAAUGGCCGCUGACAACCAUACAAGUCACCGUGUUGCCAUUGAAUAGCAUGGAAUUAAACCUUCUUCAGUGUAUAUGUUUCGUGACUCUAAAGCUAAAGUAAAAUUUAAUUUACCAGGUAGCUGAACAAGUAAAAAAUGGUAGACGUCAAUGCUGCUAGCCUUUUGUUCUUAGGCCUUAUCGGAAUUAUUAUCUGAGAAGUCGUCAAAGCGUAGUCAACCGCUUACGUCUAAAAUAAAAAUACGUGAUGUUUACAUUGUUUUUAGGUUAUGACCAUCGAACGUUCUUAAAAACGAAAAUUAAAAAUGACAUGAUAGGCUUGCAUAAAUGAAUUCAAUAAGUAUUCUAGAAGUGCUCUUUUUCCAUUAGUUAUUUAUCCCCAUCAAUAAUUACCGUAAGAAUUAUUUUCAAUCAUGGUGAUGGAAUCAAAGACUACAAGCAAAACAAGCUCAUUGAAAGCUCUAUUGCUGAGAGCCUGGCGCGAGAGAUGGACUGAUCUGCAGUGGGGCAUCAAUAUAAAGACUGUACUACCAAGAGGAGUCAGCGGAGAUGUCUACAAUUUGGCAGACUGCAUUUUACAACAAGCAGUUGUUGGAGCAGGUGCCAACCAGCUAGUUUUGAGUUACUUAAAACACUCAUUAAGUGCCCAAUUGGUAUCUCAUGCAGCAGUCUUGCAGAGACUUGGUAAAUAUAAUCAGUUAAGCAAAGAGCAUUGUGUGUUCAGUCUGCUUGAAUUUCUCGAAGGGAUGCUGCCAGGUGUUACAUGUUGUGGAAAACCUGAAGAGACAUUACUUGCAACAGCUGUUUUAUCUGUUGCCUUGUGGCUGCUAAAUAUAUUAGAACAAUGUCAAAAGGCUAGCCAUAUUAUUCAGAAAGCAACAGAUCUUAUUAAAGUGCUGCUUACAGAUGAUUUUUAUGUUUCAUUGAUUUGCUUGGGAAGGUAUAAUGAUUCAGAAUUAUUCGCAGAGACGAACCGCAAAUGCGCUGAACUACGGGAGAUUUUAAAGGAAUCAGACGAGGCAUUGCAUUAUGUCCGAAAACUAGAAAAUAUUGACGUCCAUAUGCUGAGGUUGGCAAUAAAGACAGAAACAUGGCCUGGGUCAUUAAUCCAGUGUUGGCUGGAAGUAACGUUAAUUGGUAAUCCUGGCUGUCCCACCAACGUGUUGGCAGAACAGCUGCAAAUAUUCAAAACGCUCAAAGGGUACAGCAAUGCGAGACUUUAUGCUGAGUUGAUGAGAGGUAGCUUGCUGUCACUUUACAAUGUCAGCCAGACGUCUCAGGAAAGCCAAAGAAGUGCAUUCGCUUUUUUGAAGGUACCGCACAUACUAGUAUCUUUGACAGGAGGUAAACCAGAUACAAAUAAUGUAGUACAAGCAGUAGAACUGAUGCUUCAACAUAGCCCUCUUCUUGAUGCAAUGGAUGCUAUUGGCACUUCCUCAAGCUUCAAAUGUUUAUUGGAUGAACUAGCUAAGUCAAGACUGCUUACAGAAUCACAAGUGAAAACACUCUUGGAGAGUAGAAAACCUCCCCCACUUCUGAAAGCUGAAUCAGGGCCAGGCGGCAGUGGAAUGUCAAAUUAUUGGUAUAUCUGUGCUGAGUCAACACUCUCAGGAAUCUUGAAGACGCUUAAUUCUGAUUAUCACAAAAUUCAGGACGCCCUUCUUGGUAUGCUACAUACCGUCCUAACAGGUAAGAGUUUCGAGUUGAUUCUAGCAGUAACAACAGUCAAAGGACAGUUGCGCAACUUGGUCAACAGCCUUAUUAGAUUCAACGAGUGGUCAAAAUCAGGCAGCGAUAAAGCUAGGUCCCAGCUAUUUGACAUCACUUUUGUAAUGUUGGUGGCUAUUGUACAGAACUAUGGCUCAACAGCUGUACUAGAUGAGAAUGGAGACUCACUGUUUGAACAAUGGGUUAGAGCAUGCAUGGUGGAGAGACAGAGGCCCAAAGCUCCAGAGCAGAUGCUUAAGCUAGGUGAUUCUGCUGUGAUAGAAUCUCUUCUAGAACAAUUCAACACAGGCGAGUCAGAUUUUAAACCAGGUGUGAAGUGGCAAGAGGUCCUUUUCAACAUACCGGGAGUGAUGAAAGAAGUCUUGGUCGCAUGGGAACAAGGUGCUCUGGUAGCUCAGGAUGUCAAAAGGAUUCUAGAUGCUGUUAGAGGAAGGAUGUGCUGUUUGGCUUUGGCUGCGGCUGCUUGGCUUUGCUCAUACAUGCGAACCGCUCCACAAGAUACCCUGUUAAAACCUGCAAACAUGGUCCAACAGCUUUUAGCCCCACCAGCUGGCGAAUCAGUGGAAGAUAGUCUUCGUGAUAGGUGGCAGCUAACAUGUGACAUCGUACGCCGCAUGCAAAGGGAUGUUCCUCCUUGCAUGCCACCUGCGACAGCUGCUGCUAAGACUGGGGCUACUGGGGAACAGUUGGUAGGAAGAAGACCUGCGUUGGAUGAAUUGAAGGCUGCAUGGACACAAGCGAUGCGCAAAGGCGCAUUAGACCAUAAACCAGCUAAGACUUUGAGGUGUUUGCUCGACACAGCAGGGAGUAGAUGGUUGGUAUCGGCGGUGAUCAACGAACUUUUGAAGCUGCGCUAUAAAGAUCAGUUGCACAGAGGCGUAGACCUAGCUUUAGCCAUUUUCCACGUUGACAUUGCCGGUUGCACUUGGCAGUUGUUAUCGCAUGUGCUUCCCCAACUUCUAUACAACGACCUACAAGCUGAUAGUCUAAUGGAACCUCAGUUGCCAGCUUUAGCAUAUCUCACCAGUUACAGUGUCUAUACGGCAUGGGAAGCUCUCGGAGAGGACAGUAGUAAUGGUGAACCAUUGCCAAAACAGCAGAGAUUGUCUGAAAACCUGGACAUGGAUUCAAAACCGCGUGAUCAACUGUUGAGUUCACUUAGUCAGCUAUUGUACAUGUUCGAGGGAGGAAUUCAAGAGGGAGCCAUUACACAGCAGACUUAUUUUGCAUUUCAUCUGAUCAAAGCAUUGGUUGAGGUGAAAACCGAGCCUUCCAGUGCAGUUUUGGCCGCUAUCCCACCUGUACUGAUCUCAGAUCUUCUGAAGACUCUACCAGAGCUAUUCAGCUACCCUCUUUUACUACACAUUCAUGAUGUUUGUGCGAGUGCAGGAAGAAUCAACAUGGCCAAAGAUCUUUGUGUAUUGAGAAAUUAUCAUCUCAAGAAUAUAUCAAAUACUUAAAUAAGUAUAUUUAAAUUGUAUAGUGAAAGUUUUAAAAUACUGGUACUGUGAAGAAUCAGGCGAACAAAAACGCCUAAGAAAAAAGUAGUAGCCAGAUUAUAGACCUUUCACUGCAGUAUUUCAUAUCUAUCUAUAAUAAAAAAUGAAGCUUUUUAUUGUAUAAUUGAGUAGAUAGUACAUUACAUAUCUAGUUUGAGACGCGGGCAAUUUUUAUAACAUGAAGCUGACGCACGUUGCACUGAAGUAUAUAAUGGACGAGACCAAUAAUGAUCUUCUCAAACGUGGUAUGUAAAUGAUUUUUGUCACUACUAGCACUAUAUAGCACAAAAAUAUUCGAUUUUUCAUCAAUAUCUUGUCGUUUUCAACUCACUAAUACGUCAAAAUAAGGGGCAGCUACUAGCUACAUUUCUGUCGCACCCACGCAGAAUAUACAUUAAGGACGUGUUUGAUUGACUACAAUUAAAAACAGAUUUACAAUGACAAUGACCCCUAAUAUGCUUUGAGAUUUUGUUAAUGGAUAUUUGAAGAAUUUUUAGGAACAUGGCAACAUAGUUUUUUCAUAUUGCUUUCUGGGUCGAAAAUGCCAAAAACCUAAAAGUGCAACAAAUAGGCAAUUUCGUAUGGACUGGUCCAUCCAAGAAGGGUAGGGUACAAAGGUUUUAUUUUCUUCAUUAAAUGCCAUUUUCAAACAAACAAGCCGCUAUACUCAAAAUUACUUAUUUCUCAAUCAUCCUAAGAUAUGUCAAAUUGACACAAUGAAGUUGACAGAAUACAAUUUCAAACGAGAUUAUUUAUCUACGUGUUAUUUUUUUGUUUAUAUUAUUUACCUAUAAAGAGAAAUGCUACGUAUCAAUAAGGUCAUUAAUGGUGAUUUCUAGGAUUAGUAGUGAUAAAAUUCAUUUUUAUAAGUAUUUUAAUAUCAGACUAUUGUGAAUUCAGCAGAAGUUGUAAAGCCCCUACAGUAAAUAAACUGAUGAAUUUUAACUGUUUGUUGCAGUUUCCUUUGUUAUAAAAUAUGGGAAUUUGGUUGUGUGAUGAAUCAAAUAUAAAUUAGAAGGUAUAAAAUUUUAUUUUAUAAAUGCAUAAGUAAAUG